AGUACGCGUGGCCUUAUUUAGUAGUUUCGAAGGCUGUUCUUGACUGUAAACGAUUUGUACGUUUUCGAGCAUUUCGCCAACUCGGUAAUUUUAAGAAGAGUGUCCAAGAAGUCAAGGCAUACCUGUGUUGUCUGUAUUUCAAAUUCAUUUGCGUUUUUUUGUUUAAACUUGACGAAACAUGUCCAGUGUGGUGCGUGGCCCAGCGGGAAACAACGAGUGCAGGAUAUACGUAGGUAAUUUGCCGCCAGAUAUUCGGGUCAAAGAUAUCGAGGAUAUAUUCUACAAAUAUGGCAACAUUCUGGAUAUUGACUUGAAAAACAGAAGAGGACCACCAUUUUCAUUUGUAGAAUUCGAAGAUAAAAGGGAUGCAGAGGAUGCAGUUCGAGGAAGAGAUGGUUAUGAUUAUGAUGGUUAUAGAUUACGUGUUGAAUUCCCACGUGGGGGAAGAGCCGGUGGUGGACCUCCCAGGGGAAUUGGAGGUGGUGGUGGCGGCGGUGGGGGUGGUGGUGGAGGGCUUGGUGGUGGUCCGGGGCGAGGACGUGGUGGACCUCCAGCAAGAAGAUCAGAAUAUAGAUGCCUGGUGUCAGGUUUGCCUCCAACAGGAAGUUGGCAGGAUUUGAAAGACCACAUGCGAGAGGCUGGAGACGUUUGUUUUGCUGAUGUCUACAGAGAUGGUACUGGAGUUGUGGAAUUUCUACGCUACGAGGACAUGAAAUAUGCGGCAAAACAUCUUGAUGACACAAAAUUCAGGUCACAUGAAGGAGAAACAUCAUACAUACGAGUAAAAGAAGAUUAUCCUUACAGUCCAAAGUCUCGUAGUCGUAGCAAAUCCCGCAGUCAUUCUCCUCCAAUGAGGAGGCGAUCAUCACCAAGAUAUUCUCCAAGGCGUUCAAGGUCCAGAUCUCGGUCCUAAAUGUGGACAAUCUAAUGAUGCUGUUGACCUAUUUGAAUAUUAUUGUGACAGUACGAUUGUUUUAUGAACUUGACUCUUAUUCACAGAUAAGGAUUAUGGAUAUAUCUAUCUUUUUAUACAAGUUGAUUCUCAUCGUACUUAUCAUGUUGGGCAUAUCCUUGAAAUUUUCAUUUUAAUACUGGGCCAUUGUUUGUCUUUUUAUACAAAAAAUUUUCCAGCUAGUUGUGUAUUUUCUGAAUCCAAAAUUUUGUGGACUGUUUGAACCUGCCUCUAUUCAAUUGGCAGUAUAGUAAGCAAAUAUUUACUUUCAGCUUUACCUUACAGCAUUUUGACAAGUUUUCAUAUAAUAGUAAAGGAAAUAUUUAUCAAACAGACAAAGAAUUAAAAUUGUGCAUGUUUAUGAGUAGUUAGGUUUUAAUUUCAGUAUACUGUAUUAUGCAGGUUUGUCCCAGUUAUUUUAGUACUAUCAACCAACAUACUAGUUUGGGGAUUCUGGGAAAAUAUUUCCAAGUUUAAUGUCACCCUUUACUAUGGGCUUAAAGUAGUGUGAUAGUGUUCUUCUAUUAAAUGUUUUUACGUGUAUGUAUUCUUAUAGAUUUGGCUUCUGUGGAGCUACACAUAGCAAGGCAAUCACAGGCACAGGAGUAGGAAAACUAGGAACUGUGUCAGCGAAUUAAAAGAAUGUUCGCCGGGGGAAAAAGCCUGGGAUGUGAGAUGGUUUCAUAAGGAGCAUGUUUGGAUUCAGUUUGUAUUGAUGGUACGCUGAAAAUUCCAUGGUGCAGUUUAACAUUAAAACUUGUAAUCUAGACACUUAGUAUCCCAGGAUGCAUUGUACCAUCCUAUAAAUGUAGCAGCUGAAGUAUGUGAUCAGUGUGAGCUUAUAGUAUUUAAAUUGUAUUUUUAAUUGCACUAAUAUUCAUUUUCACUGUUCCUUCCCUUUGUGCAUGUUUUGUUACUGUUAGUGAGGUAAGCCUGAUAUUGUUUUGAGUUGGCCUGUAUUUUUGUGACAGCUACUCACCACUGUUCAUUUCCAGCUAUAUUAAUCUGUUUUGGGUCUACAAGAUUAUUUUACUAAAUCACUAAAAAAGUUUAUAUACAAGUACAUCAGAAAUGUGGAGCAUGCUGCGAAAGUAAACUUUGCAUUCCUACCUUCCAGUAUAAUUUCUAACAUGAUUCCUUGUUUGAAUUUAAGGUUGGAACCGUUAGGACAUCAUCCCCAAUAACAGGAGAGGAUGUCACAGAUGUUGGGACACUUUGUAGGAUCAAUCAUGGCCGGAGACAGGAACAGGAUCAGGAUAUCCCUUAGUAAUUUGGUAAAACGGUAAAAGACACACCGAAAAACAAAAAUUAAGCAGUUUCGCAGGAUUUCGGAAAGCAGCACAAAUUUAUGGCCCACAUGGCCAGGAAAAUAGGAGGGAAUUCGCUAUGGAUCAGGAGCGCCCUUGGAUCAGGAUUUCAGGAUGCAUCUCAGGGUAAAAUAUUAAUGUCGGCAAGUUGUUUUAAGCUAAAAAAAAAGCUUUACUCGACCAGCAGCAAUUGCAGUGUUCCAAUAUAUAUUGUUUUGGCUAAAUUCCUAAAUUUCCUUGUUAUAAUCCCAGAUUUGGAUUCAUUUCAUACAAGACAGUGAGUGCAAUCAUGUAUACUGUUGAUGUUGUGCUUCUAACCCAUUCAGCUUACAGGUAGUUGCAGUACAGAAGCCAUGAAAGGAGCAAUCUGAUUAAGAUCUUGUGUAGGUACAGGCCCAUGUCCACCAUCUGACAUUGCACAUUACCCAGUUCCUGCAAUUUACUAAGCUUGAUCACAAUAUUCAACUUACUUGAGACAGGUGCCAACAAUUAGUUGGGGAGGGGGGUGAACUGUUAAAGGACCUUCCAGCAUAGAUCCCUAGAAUUUGGUAGUGUUGGUCUACAAUUAGAAGCUGUACAAGACUGCAGCAUUCAGACCAUUCCCUGCCUGGAAUUUUAGGUUAUGAUCACUAGUUUCCAUUUCUUGUAUUGGACCUCUGUUCAGUUUUUUGCUGAACAAUAGUACUUACACAAGAUUUUAAUCCAGUUGUGGAAGGAGGCAGAAUUAAAUGUGAAGUUCUUCAAGGUUAAUAAAAAUUGUAGUUUGUAUA